AUGUCCACACUCUCCGCCGCCGCUCCGGCACCCUUCCCCGUUACUGUACACCCGUUCAAGUCUCCAACACCAUACUCCUGCGCCUAUGAGCAGGGAUCAUCAUCUUCAAAGAAUGCCCUCGUUUUCAUAGGUGGCCUAGGUGAUGGGCCGCACACAGUGCCCUAUGUACACAGAGUCGCCAAAGAGCUCGAGUCUUCGACAAAACUGAGCUACUCGGUUUUUGAGACCCGCCUGAGAAGCUCGUUUGGCGGGUUUGGCUACAGGAGACUGCAGGAUGACGCCGCGGAUAUAAGCGCGCUUGUGAAAUAUCUGCAUGGAAUUGGCAAGCAGAAAGUGGUUCUCAUGGGCCAUUCCACAGGGUGCCAGGACUGUGUGGAGUAUGCUGAUGCUACAAAAUACUCCAAUGAGCCUGUCGAUGGUUUCAUUCUCCAGGCUACGGUAUCAGAUCGAGAGGCUAUCAGGCCAUUAAUGAGCAAAGAGGCGUACGAGGAGGGCAUAGAGUAUGCAUCAAACUUGAUCAAGUCUGGUAAGGAGAACGAGAUCAUGCCUCGCUCAAAGCUUCCCAAGGAAUUCGAUACACCAAUAUCGGCAUACCGAUGGUUUUCGCUCGCUGGGAGAGGGGGUGAUGACGAUUUCUUUUCGUCCGACCUGUCCGAUGCCGAAGUGGAAGCGGUCUGGAGCAGGUUCAAGCAACCUGCCAACUUGAAAAAUGGAAAGGCCAUUGUGCUCCAGGAAUCGCAAGCGAGCUCUCUGGCCUCAUUCCUGGAGCAACACACAACGUGA